AUGAUGUCAUCGCAGGCUGCUCCAGGAGCUUUGGGGGCGCCAAGGUGGUCCUUUCUAGCAUUCCUUGGAUUGUUGAUCGGUGUGCUGGUGGCUGGCGGGGUGCUCUUGUCCCUGAAUUGGCGGGAGGUGGAGUAUGCUGUCGUGAUGGACAGCGGGAGCACAGGUACUCGAUGUUACGUGUAUUCUUGGGCGCGCAGCGGUGCUUGGGGCCUGCCAAAAGUGGUGGACAGCACCGCAAAGCUGGGCCGCGCGGAGCGCUUCGGGCAGAAACGAACCGCCUAUAAACGAGUUGAAACUGAGCCUGGGCUGGACCAAUUUGUGGGAGACGUUGUGAAAGUGAACCAGGCGCUUGAUCCUUUGAUCCAGUAUGCUCUCAAGGAGGUGCCGGAAAGCAAGAGGCCCAUCACUCCUGUCUUCCUCUUCGCAACCGCAGGUCUGCGGAGGCUCCCCCAAGCAGACUCCGCUUGGCUCCUCCAAAUGGCGCAGCAGAUGCUCUCUGCGUCCCCGUUCCUCUUCGAACCCGAGUGGGCCCGUAUCAUAAGCGGGCAAGACGAGGCCGUCUACGGCUGGAUUGCACUCAACUAUUUGACCGGAAAGUUGAGCCAGGGCCAGGAAGCAGCCCCGCUGGGGUCGCUCGAUAUGGGGGGUUCGUCGCUGGAGGUUACCUUCCUACCAGAGGCUAUGCCGUCCUCCGAGCACGGAGUGAACGUCACUAUCAAGGAGACGGACUACCACCUGUAUGCCCACUCACAUCCAUCGUUCGGGAUGAACGACGCGUUCCAGAAGAGCGUGCUAUUUGCAAUGGAGGACAACGGGGCUGGGGAGAACGCCUUGGAGGUUGAACAUCCGUGCCUUCACACAGGCUACAACGACACGUACCGCUUCAAGAAGCGGAGAUCAGACGCUGCCGUCUCGACGUCCGCUGUCGCCGACAAGGCCCUGAAAGAGGGCCACGGAAGACGACUCCUCCGCUGGGCGGCGGAGAAUGUUCCCUUUCGAAGCAAAGUGCCGACUAGCGGCCUCCACUCCCUUCAGCAAUCUCCGUUGGGAUCCUCGCAGCCUGCACGAGCGCAAGGUGUCAACGCAGGGCAGGGGUUCUUGAAAGCGUUCUUUGACACCGUGUUUCGACGGCCCUUAGUAGGAGACAGCGAGUUGCAGUCCACACCUUCUGGUCUUCACGGAGCGUUCACAGCCUUAGGUAGAAGAUUAAGAAGGUUCACACUGCACCAAGAUUCGAGGCAGUGGCGCAAGCCGCCUUCAGACAGAGCCCAGAUUCCGAGUAUGCGCAGUGCGCAAGUCACGCACGCAGCUGCUCUUACGACAGCACUACAGGCUUCGCAGUUAGAUCUUGUACCAUACCCACACAACCCUUCCCAGGGUCACAGACAGGAAAGCGUGUCCGAGGUUGGCACGUUGCUGCACGGAGAGUCACCAAUUUUUAAGUCCGUUAGCACACCUGUCAGCCAAUCAGCGUCUUUUAGAUCGACGGACAGCACGAGCGAAAAGGAGAUUGAGCACUUAAGCUCAGCACGGGGCGGCGCUGCACUGGCCCGGCGUAGAGUGCUCGAAGAGCGAUCCGGUCCGACGUCCGUGAAGCUGAUUGGACGUCCGGACUGGCAGGCGUGCCAGGCGCUCGUGGACAGGGUGGUGACGUCAGCGGAGGAGUGUGAGGAGGAGCCGUGUGCCUUGGGGGCGCACCAGCCGGCUCUGCGGGGAAACUUUAUGGCCCUGACAGGCUUCUUCGUCGUGUACCACUUCUUUGGCCUUGCUGGCAGCGUUCCCCUUGACCGGUUGCUCGAUGCCGGGCAAGCGUUCUGCAAGAAAACGUGGACGCACGUGAAGGCAGAGUACUAUGGCGAGAGGGGGCUGGAUAGGUACUGUUUCCGAGCGCCUUACGUGGUGUCGCUGCUUCGGAAAGGCCUGGGUUUGCGGGACGACCAGAUCCAGAUCGGAACCGGCGACAUGGCGUGGACUCUGGGGGCUGCGCUGUACGAGGGAGGGGCGCUCAAGCCCGCGGCCAAGCCCAUCACUCUGGAGGACCCCGGGGCUCAAACUAUGGCCCAACUGCUGCGCGUCCCCCAGCUCCCCCAAACCCUUUCCGGUCUAGUUGUCAGGCACCUGCCCCUGGUCAUCGUCGUGUUGGCGCUCGUUGGGUUGACAGCUGUCACCGUCGUGCGGUGGUGGAAGGCACGGGUCCGGUCGUUUGAUGCGCGGGCGAGGCGCGCGUACCUGCCACUGUACAACGGGCUGAGCCGGCCAGGGGGCCAAGAUGGGGGGAAACCAGGGCAUGCGUUCUCUCGGCGGCUGAUCGAGCGGCAGCGUGCCGCUCUGUUGGAUCCCAUCCCUGCCUCUCCGCCUUCUGUGCCGGUGAAGGCGCCUGCUCAGACGGGUCUCGCUACGAGGAGAACAACCUCCACCGAUGCGGGACUGGAGUUGCAGCGCAGCCUUGGAAGCGAGCUCGACCGAGAUGGUGAAGAGUAUUCGCCUUAG